AUGCUUGCUGCCAACCAGUCUUACAGCUGCGACACCAUCCCACCCGCUCGUAUAGCCGAACUUUCUUCGCGCUCCCCUUCCCGCUCGCCGUCGCCCCAUCCGUCAACGAGUACGACGUUCGAUAUCCCAGCUGUCACAGCCGAGGGGGAGCCGGAAGAGGACGAGGUGAGGGAGCGGUGGGGCGCCUCAGUGCAGGAACAGGAGCAAGAGGCGUCGACAUCGACUCCGCCACCGUUGCAGCCAUCGCAGGGCAGGAAGCUAUGUAUUCGCCAUCAGCGCAUGGCCGACGAGGGAAUGAAUCUACAACUGCAAAAGGCUCUCGAUGACCUCCCCAUCACCGAGCGCGAAUCCAUCAACGCAAUAUGGUCCAACUUCUCUUCAUCCUCAGCACCACGGCGAGACCUCAUCCUUCGCGGUAUCCUCACUAUGUGUUGCUUUUCACAACUGUCUCUCCUCACCGACGAACUCACGCACCUCAUCCGCAUCGACCCCUUCGCGCUCUUCCCACGCGAAGUCUCACUCAAAGUUCUUGGCUAUCUCGAUGCCAUCUCACUCUGCCGCGCCGCACAGGUGAGCAGGCGAUGGAAGUCCCUUGCGGACGAUGACAUCCUGUGGCGCGGUAUCUGCGAACAGCACAUCGGCCAGAAGUGUCGGAAGUGCGGUUGGGGACUGCCUGUACUUGAGCGCCGGAGGCUUCUUCCAGUGGCGUCAGUUUCGCCGUCGCCUAUGCCACAUGUCAUCGCACCAUCUGUGUCGAGCAAACGCAAGUUGAUAGAUAACUCAUCCGAACCACCACGGCUGAAACGCCAACGCUCAGAGGCAACACACCCUGUGUUCCAACACGAUCACGAUCAUGAUCAUCUUCCGACGACGCCUCUUCCAGUUUCACAUCCUCUUCCUAGACCCCCUAUCCCCGCAUCAACCAUAGAACCAGCCCGCACCCCCUCACCAACAAUCCACUCGGCUGCUCUCACCGAUCCCUCCGCCGUUCCCACCGUCACUCGCCCAUGGAAAUCCGUCUACUCCGAACGACUCACCGUCGAACGUAAUUGGCGUCGUGGCCGUUGUUCGAUGCGAAUUCUCAAGGGCCACACGGACGGUGUCAUGUGUCUCCAAUUCUCAGAAACACUCCAACACCCAUCGUUCCCCAUCCUCAUCACCGGCUCUUACGACCGCACCGCGCGUGUAUGGAAUCUCGAGACUGGGAAGGAGAUGAUGUGUCUGAAAGGCCACACGCGCGCUGUCAGGGCGCUCCAGUUCGACGACGCGAAGCUCAUCACUGGGAGUAUGGACCGGACGGUAAAGGUGUGGAAUUGGAGGACGGGGAAGUGUAUCAGGACGUUGGAGGGACAUACGGAUGGCGUGGUGUGUCUGAACUUUGACGGGAAUGUGUUGGCCAGCGGGUCGGUGGAUACGACUAUCAAGGUGUGGAACUUCAGGACGGGAGAGUGCUUCACGUUGAGGGGACACAAGGACUGGGUUAACUCGGUCUUAUUGUGGGAUUCGCGCGGCGGCGAUGGAGUUUCUCCCUCCUCUUCAUCGUCCUCGGAAUCGGUACCUUCGUUCGACUGUGCACCAUCGCCUUGCAGUGGGAGUUCUUCAAGUGGGAGCGGCAGUGGCGCACCAUGCAUCGAUCCCGGCAAGAUGCUCUUCUCCGCCUCGGACGACGGCACCAUCCGCCUCUGGGACCUCAAUCUCCGUACAUGCGUCCGCCAGUACACAGGCCACAUGGGUCAAGUUCAAAGCCUGCGCCUCCUCGACAUGGGUUGUGACGAUUCCGAAGGCAGCUCUUCCACGGUUUCUUCUUCGACAGUCAAAGCCGCCGUACCGCCGAGUCAUCCGGGUUACGAAGCGAUCAAGAAGCCGAUGAUCGUUUCGGGGAGUUUGGAUAAUACGAUCCGGAUCUGGGAUGUGGAGAGCGGGAAGACGACGAAGACGUUGUUUGGGCAUAUUGAGGGGGUUUGGACUGUUGCGAGCGAUAGGAUGCGGUUGGUCAGUGGGAGUCAUGAUCGGACUAUCAAGGUCUGGAGUCGAGAGGAUGGGAAGUGCGUGACGACGCUGGUGGGGCAUAUGGGUGCGGUCACUUGUCUUGCGCUUGGGGAGGACAAGAUCGUCUCGGGGAGCGACGAUGGGGACGUGCGUGUAUGGUCGUUCACGGGGUGA